AGCAUCUCGGAGCGCGAGGAGGACGUUAACACUUUCCACCUGUUUCACACGGAGAUUUAACUGAAAAACUUCUCACAGACUCUCUAAACUCCGCUCUCCGCUCCUCUUUUCAGGCGCGAGGAGCUUUUGGGGAGUUUUCUGAGAGGAAGUACUGGGACUGGAGGUGUUUUUGUUGGUAGGUUAGUUGUUGGAGUUGAUUUGAGUCAGUCCGAGGAGUCUUCAGUAACUCAUAACCGUCAGACUGGAGACUGGAGAGCUGCAGCGCGGACAGACAGGGUGCAGGAAAGAGCGGAAGGGUCAUGGUAAAGCUGGGUCUCUGAAGAGAGCUGUGAGGACAUCUGUUGAGAAUGGGCCCUGAGGAGUCACAUGAUCUGAGAGACACGAUGUCGAACACUCCUCCUCCAUCCCCGCGUCCUCUCCACUGUUCUCCCAGUCUUUCUUCUCCUCUUCCCUCCCCACCCGUCUCUCCUGCUCCAGCGUCUGUGAUCCUCCGCUCCCCUGCCACUCGUCACCUCGCCCACCUCGACCCCUGGAGGAGGCAUAGCUGGGAGCCGGGGGCAGUGGUGCAAGGAUCCCCCGCCAAUGACACGCGCAGUGUGAGUUUGGAGGAUUUGGACCCAGAGGACAUGGCGCUGGUGUUGGGCAGUGCAAUGGGCAGUAGAAGGGUUCGCAGGUCCAUCGCUCACGAGGGCUCUCUUUCCUCCCUUACGGAGGAGGAGGCCACAACUGAGCCACAACAGCAGCUCCGCUCAGCAUUAGAGGAACAGUCGAGUCAGAUGCAUGGCUGCAGUGCCUCGGCCCCCAGCCUCUGUGUAGUGAGACGAACCCCCAAAACAUCUGCCCCUCGACCUCGCUCUUACUGCUAUGAGAGUGUACCGUUCUACCAAGGCGGAGGAUCGACUCACAGUUUAGACAGGGAUCUGACUGGCAUUGUUUGGGAAAGUGGAGGACAGAUAAAAGAAAAGAGGGAUGAAGAGAGAGAAGAGACAGAAGGCAGCUCUUUUGGAAGAACAUUUAGCUUCUUCCGCAAGAUGACCUCUAUUCGCAAGAAUAAGGAGAAGGAACGGAUGAGGGAGAGAGAGAGGGAGGCGAGGGAGCGAGAGGCACGCUACAGUAAUGGCCAUCUCUUCACCUCACUCACCGUCAGCAGCACCACACUCUGCUCCGCCUGCAACAAGAGCAUUACAGCCAAGGAGGCCCUCAGCUGCCCCACCUGUAAUGUCACCAUUCACAACCGCUGCAGAGACGCCCUGCCCAACUGUGUCAAGAUGAAGCAGCGGCAACAGAAGCUAGCGCUGAUGCGGAACAGUUCAGCGUAUGGUGGCACAGUGACGUUACGGAAUAAAACACAUUUAAAGGAGCGGCCUAGCUCAGCUAUUUAUCCAUCAGACAGCCUCCGCCAAUCACUGCUCGGCUCCCGCCGCGGACGCUCCUCCCUCUUACUCUCCAAAAGUGUCUCCACCAAUAACAUUGCAGGGACUCUGAGUGAUGACUCUCCCUUGGGGCUGCGCAGGAUCUUGUCUCAAUCAACAGACUCUCUAAACUUCAGGAGCAGAACCAUGUCUAUGGAAUCACUGAAUGAUGAGGGAGAGCUGUACUACGCCUCUAUGCUGGAAGAGCUAGAGAUUGACGCGCGAGACUUCGGGGCGGAUUCCUGGAGUAUGGCUGUCGACUCCGCCUACCUACAGACCCACCGCAAAGACAUCAUCAAGAGGCAAGACGUCAUCUAUGAGCUGAUCCAGACAGAACUGCAUCAUGUUCGGACGCUGCGCAUCAUGGAUGGCGUGUUUCGGCGUGGGAUGCUGGAGGAGGUGCAGUUGGAGCCGGGUGUGGUGCACGCCCUCUUCCCCUGCCUCGAGCGGCUGCUGACCCUGCAUACAAACUUCCUCAAUCAGCUACUUGAUCGCCGCCAGCAGUGCCUGCAUCCGUCCAGUGCUCACAACUUCACCAUCUACCACAUCAGUGACAUCCUCCUGCAUCAGUUCUCAGGUCAGUGCGCUGAUGAAAUGAGGAAAACCUAUGCUGAAUUCUGCAGUCGCCACUUAAAGGCUGUUAAACUGUACAAAGAGCUGCUGGCCAGAGACAAGAGACUACAGUACUUCAUACGGAGGGUGAGUAGAGGUCCUCUGUUGCGUCGUCAUGGUUUCCAAGAGUGCAUUCUGCUGGUUACUCAGCGCAUCACUAAGUAUCCCGUUCUGGUGCAGCGCAUCCUCGACAACACAAAGGACAAUGCAGAGGAGGCAGCGGGUGUGGCACAGGCUCUGGUUCUGAUACGGGAGCUGCUGUGCAGCGUAGAUCAACAGGUUCUGGAACUGGAGCGCACACAGCGGCUGCAGGAGAUCCGCUCCAGGCUGGACUCGCGUGCUGAGGCUAAGCUUCGCUCGGGAGCACUCUUCAGACCUCCGGAGCUGCUUCGCAGACAACUCAUCCAUGAGGGCACACUGCUGUGGAAGACCCCCGGCUCUAGACUGAAAGAUGUUCAGGUUCUACUGAUGACUGACAUACUAGUAUUUCUGCAGGAGAAAGAUCAGAGAUACGUCUUCGCAAGUUUGGAUAAGUCUGCAGUAGUCUCCUUACAGAAGCUGUUGGUGAGGGACAUAGCCAACCAAGAGCGAGGGCUGUUCCUCAUUAGCAGUGAGUUUAGUCCACCAGAGAUGUAUGAGCUUCAUGCAGCUUCCAAAGAAGACAGAAACACCUGGAUACGGCACAUAAGCCAAGCUGUUUGCAGUUGUCCCUCAAGAGAUGAAUUCCCUCUCAUCGAGACAGAAGACAAGGCACUGUUACGAAGACUCAAAGCUGACAUCCAGCAGAAGGACAGGGAGGUGCUGGAGUUGCUGCAGGAGCGAGUGACUCUGUUCUCAGAUCUGGCCGAGGUCAUGGGAGGUCGCGAGGUCAUGCUACCGCCAAACUCCAGAAACCUGUUCAGAGCCGACACUCCUCAGGCGGUGCGAGGAGAGCAGCUACUCACUCAGGCCAUUACAGAGGUGGACAGACUGACUGAGCAGAUGUUGGGCUCUGGAUUAGAUGUCUCCUUGGUUUGCAGUUCCAACAGCCACCAAAAUCACACAGGGGCACUAGUGAUCAAUGGACAAGAGGUGUUCGUCAAUGGCUCACAGGAAACUCUGGUGUCUCAGGAUGGGAAUGGGAAUCAUAUGGAGAAUAGGACACCGAGUGAGGAGGUGUCUCAGAGGCUGGUGAAUCUCAGUGCUUAUCUUCACGCUCUGCAGGGUGCAGUGAUUCGGCAGGACUCUAUUUUAGAGUUCUGUCUGCGCGAGAGCUCCGUGUCUCCAGCAGCGGUUGGCUCCCGGCCCGUGCGCUCUCUGUCGCGGGACGGCAGCAGCGAUGUGGGCUCUGUGGGGGAACUGGCUCUGCUCCAGCGGCAGCACAGUCUACUGCAGGAGGAGCUGGUCCGGCUGAAAGGAGCUGAGGGCAAGUUAAAGGACAGCGAGAGAGUGAGAGCUCAACUAGAGAAACAGUUAAAAGAUCUAAAGUCCAACAGUGCUGCCGCCAGAAACGGCACAGGAACUGCUGCUUCACAGGCUCCGCACCAUCGUAAAGAGAGUGAGACUGACCCGAACACUGACACACCACUGGCCAGCCAGGCGUCUAUAGAUCAGCUGGACUGCCUGCAGGACGGCAGCGACGUAGAUGUAGAUGUGCUGUCAGAUGACGAUGAUGAUGACGAUGACGAAGAUGUGAAGGUGUCUCCUCGUUCUGAAAGCCCUAGAGAUUUGCAAGACAUUCCAGAGGAGAGUGAGUCAACUCCGGACCCGCGAGAACGAGAAGCCUCCCACUGCUAAUUCUUUACUUGUGCCUAAAACCUGAAACUGGACCCUAGCCUGGGUUAACGGAACAGACUGAAAUCUGUUGAACCACAAGACUCUAUGAGCAAGUCUUCCUCUGAGCUCGUAAGGAAGAAUAUAUAGUUAUCAAUAUUGUUAUGUUAAUCAUAUACAUAUUAUAGUGUAUCUGGUGAUUUUUGUUUUGCAGCUUUUCUGUGGCAUUGUAUCAUUUGCCAAUAGUAGUUUUGUUUGUUUUGUUUUAUUUUUAUGUUUUUUUUAAACCAUUCAUGGCUUUUGACGUCAGUGGACCAAUAAGAAUAUGCCAAAGCAGCAUGAUUGACAGCAGGCUUGUAAGUGGCAGGCUUUUACAACUAACAGGACUCUGCACUUGAUAUUGCAUGAAACGUUUAGUGUUUAAUAUAUGAACACAGAAAUCAACCCGACGCAACGAAAGCUGAAGCCAGGCUUCAGCACGUAUCUGCUAACAGCACAGAGAUGCUGUAUGUUGAUGUUCUGCUUUCUAUUCUCGCUAAACCACACCCACUGUACACGCAGGGGUUCUUAUUCUUCAGUAAUAGUGAAAGAGUCUUGUGCAAAUAUUUCAUUUUAGGAAAUGAAAGGUAAAUAUUUCUUUUUUGCUCUUUAUUUGUAUUAUUUAUUAUUCUUUGACUGAAGUAGGAAGGUUAUUAAUCUUUCAAGCACAUGCUAGACAUUUUUAAAUGAAGCCAUAAUCUUAAACAUCAAAGACCCUUAAACCAAAAGUACUUGCUGUACUUUAAAUAAAAUCAGUGAAAAUGUGAAACCGGGUGUUUUACAGCUGUUCAUACACUAAUUGAGUAAGUCCAGCUUUAUAUAGAAAUGAAGAAUUUAAUAUGCUGUAGAUAUUUUGCUGGUCAUUUUAGCUCACAGCAGAGGACUCAUGAGAAGAUGAGCCCAGAGAGAGAUUGUUUUGUAGCCUGUAUAUAUGAAAUGAUAUAUUUGCUAAGAAGAUCUCAUCAUUGGACCUUGCUAACUGCUUCCACAUUUAUUUGAGAGAUUUUUUUUUUUUUUUUUUUUUUGUAGAUUUUGAAUGUGGACAGUGCCACACAUCACAGACUGUCUGUAUCAACAUGAAGUAUCUUAAGAUUUCAUUCAGGAAGCAAAAUACAGAGAUUAUUAUUGUAUGUUUGUAAGUUUGUAAUUCUUCUCAUUUGGAAAGAUAAGUACAGUGUUUCUAUUUCCAUACAAAUAAAAGGAUUUAAUAUGUAUUGAAAUGCUUAAAUAUUGUUUGAAAUGCUAUUAUGACUGAGGAAUAUUGUUAUGAAUUUCCAAAUUAAAGUUGUUGGCUGUUGGACUAAAGUCCAAGAUCUCUUAGAUUGUGAUUUUAUAGAAGACUGAAAUGUUCUUGUUCAGGUAACGUAACAUUUUAUUCAAAGUGGCUAAAGCCCAAACCGGACUGGAUUAGUUUCUCAGGGGGACGUCUGUGAAAAAUAUUUCACACUUUUACUCAGUGAUAAAACUCUUGCAUCUGGACUGCAAUUAAAAA